GAGAGGGGAAUGCUGUGUGAAUGUAUAAUUGAUGUUGUCCUCCUCAGUAUUCUGCAGUGAGUCUCUGCACACUGACUGUCAUCAUCAUGGAGGCUCUGCAGCAGUGAGCAGCACAACACCAGGCACCUCCAUCUUCUUUUAGCCUUUAUACUCCUCUCACGUCGGUGAUCUCUCUGCAGAAACACCACCGAAAACACCAAGAUGAAGCAUUUUCUGAGGGUGGUGACGCAGUUCUUCGUCUUCCUGUACUGUAAGUGUUUGUGGCGAGGACUGAAGUUCGUCACCAGGAAGCUAACGGGUCGCUGCGAGCUGCAGAGGAUCUGCUACAACAACAAGCAUGGAGCCCGCAGGACCCUGAAGAUAGAAUCAUCUCUGCGGUGUUCCAAAAAUACGCUGCUUCAGUCUGCGCUCAGCGUUCAUCCUGAUAAAGUGGAGAAGACCAUCGAGGACAUCAUGGCGCUGAAGAAGAUCAACCCUGACACCAACCCACAGCUGGGCAUCUCUCUUCAGGCCAGCCUGCUGCAGAUCGUGGGCUACAGGAAGCUGGUGGGAGAGGUGGAGAAACUACGCAGAGAACAAUACGACUGUGAGAACCAAGAGCACGAGGACAUGCUCAUGAAGCUGUGGAAGGAGCUGCGUCCCGACUCUCCUCUCACUGGACGGAUCUCUAAGCAGUGGUGUGAGAUCGGGUUUCAGGGCAGCGACCCCAAGACAGACUUCAGAGGGAUGGGACUGCUGGGGCUGAGCAACCUGCUGUAUUUCGCAGAACACGACAAAACCACGGCUCUGCAGAUGCUCCACGACUCUCUGCAGCCGAAGCACAAUGAGACAAACAGCCCUGAGUGGGAACAGAAGAACAUCGACAAAGCUAUCGGUUACUCCUUUGCCAUCGUGGGCAUCAACAUCACGGACCUGGCGUUCUCUCUGCUGAUCAGCGGAGCUUUGAAGACGCAUCUUUAUAACGUAGCUCCAGAAACACCAAGUCUGAGAGACCUGCAGCAGACCUUCUGUUACCUGAUGCAGGAGUUCCAGCGGUUCUGGGUGGACGAGGAUCCGUCCGACAUCAUGGAGUUCAACCGCGUCCGGAGCAAGUUCCACCGCCGGAUCCUCCGCCAGCUGAAGGACCUCGACACCGCUCUGUGUCCCCACUUCACCGCCUCCGACCUGCACCUGGUCAACCUCUAAACCCCCACACACACUCUCUCUCACACACGGAGAGACCCCCACACACACUCUCUCUCACACACGGAGAGACCCCCACACACACUCUCUCUCACACACGGAGAGACCCCCACACACACUGGAUGUCCGGUAGGCCAAAAAAAAUUUGAUUAAAUCUGUAGAUCUUUCAAAAAGCUGGACACAUCUGGGGAGACUCUUCCUUCUCUGCUCAGCUAACGUCAUGUUGCGUCACUGCCAAAAGCUCUCACACACACACACACACACACACACACACACACACACACACACACACACUGCCUCUCCUCCACCAGCAUCAGAGAUAUGACCGUAGCGAUUGUAGCUGUGCAUGAGGAGGCUGCACCUCACUUCUGUGCUUUUAUUCUCAUAACAAACCAAAUUUACACUUAAAGUAGAUUUUAGCGACGUGGUGCUCUCAUCAGUUCAGAAUAUUUUGGCAAUCAGCUGUCGGGCUUUCAGAAACGUGUCAAAGGUGAUAUUUUGUAAAUGAAGAGCUAUUGAUAUUUAAUUUUAAAGAAGCUAAUAGAAGUAUUGCUGGAGCUGAUUCAAUCAGAUUAUCUGUGUGUGUGUGUGUGUGUGUGUGUGUGUGUGUGUGUGUGUGUGUGUGUGUGUGUGUGUGUGUGUGUGUGUGUGUGUGUGUGUGUGUGUUAGCUGUAGAUUGUACUUUUUUUACGUCACAUUACAGACUCUCCGUGCCAACAUAUCGAAUGUGGAGAGAUGUAAUUCACAGCAGAAGUUUCUUGUGAGCUCAAAUGUACAUUUUGUAAAUCUGCAAAAAUAAUGUUCAGAAAUAAUAAUUACGUUUAUGGAGUUAUGAAACUUAAAGUGUUUCAUACUUUUAACAGCUAAUUUUAAUUUGGCUUAUAAUUUAAUUUAUUCUAACUGGUUUGUACCUUAUUUUUUUCUUAUCAUUUUUUUCAUAUUUUUCUUAUUUUUGUAAUUAUUUUAUUCUUAUUUAUAUAUAUUUUAUUUGUUUAUUGUAUUUAAAUGUCCUCUUGCUAUUUAAGUUUAAACUACUGAUCAUUAUUUUUACAGGUUUGCCUAAAAACCUUUGCUUUGAGUUUUGAAUGUUUCCGAUUGUUUGACGUCUUUUCAUUCAUUGAAUGUGACACAUGUUGUUUCAGCCAAAGCAAUAAUGUACAUUAACGUCAGCGCACAGUUAUUAAUGUGUUACUUUGCACCGAGCGUGCCUCACUAACGUUUGAUUUAUUAACUCAGAGCUGGGAGCCAAUCACAGCCGCUGCAGGAAGCGGUAGAUAAACCUCAAAAGUCUUCUCCAUCAUUAUCUAUCUUUCUCACCAUGAAGAAAUAACCAUGUGCUUAUGAACGCAACACGUCUGCAACAGCACGAUACAUAACAUAUCAAAUGCACAGUUGCUCCGUUAAUAAUUAAGUGGGUGAUUUUAAUUAAAAACCUGACGGUGAAACUAGAAAAAGCUGAAUGUAAAGGCGUUAAGCCAGCAAACAUAUUUAGUAGCUAUACAAUUGUCACAAAAUCACCAAAAAAUACAAUUAUGUUUUUCUGGUGGAAAAAAAUAUAUAAUCAUCAUAAAUGUUACAAACAAAUGAGACUGUAGGAAAGAGGGAAACCUGCACCAAAAAUGUUUUAAUGUCAAAUUCCACUGAGAAAAAAAUCAAACAUUUGAGGAAAUCUUGCAAAACAAACCUGUUUUAGAUGAAAUGUUAUUUUGAAUGAAGCCCCAUGUCACUGAUCGUCUCUCAGCUCUGAGUCAUUUACAGUUUUAUCAAAUCACCUCACGUCUGUUUCUUCACUUGAACAAAUGUAUUGCUCUGAGAAAUGUACCAUAUAUUUUCCUGCCAUGCUUGCACUGUUGAUUGUGUUUAAAUAGAGUAAAAUAACUUUGACGUGUCAGAGGUUAUUAUUGAAUUGCUUUGCACUAUAGUAGAGAAUAUAACGCGGUUUCCUUUGUUAGCGCGGCGCUGCUUUAAACGCCUCUUGAACUGCAUGAUGCUCUUUCUAUCGUCACAGCUUUCUGUAUUAUAGAGUAUUCAUAUUAUAUAUAUUGUUAAUGUGUGCUUCAUUUGUCUGUGCUGUACUUUUUGAGAUCACAAUAAAGACUAAGUGUCGGGAAAAAAAACUACA